AUGGGCACGCCGUUACUGUUUGUGAAUAAGGACACAACAAACUUCUACAGCAAUACAAGGCAGGAUGCUGCUCGAGUAGCAUCGCAUGUGGUCACGAAAUAUCGGCCAUGGAAGAAGCAGAAGGCUGGACUAGAUCUGUCGACCUCGACGAGAGCAAUCUUGAGCUCCAACAAACGGCGGAAAGUUGAUGAGCAUACACAGGAGUUGUAUGUACCAUCUCCACAAAAUGAAGCACCUCAGCUCGGCCAGUACGACUCUGCUGCAGACACCCCAUCCACAGGGCUAUCGAGCAUAUUUUCGCCGGAGGAGUCGCCGUUGCCACCGCCGUCUUCCUCUUCAUCUUCCACAAGCAUCGUGGCUGCCAGCACCACCGUCAUAGCAGACGACUUGCAGGACUACUACGACAACCUGGAAUCAGAACUGAAUGUGCUGUCAACAAGUAAAGAGGACGCCAUCGAAGCAGUGACCACAUGGAGGCUUCUCGGGAAUCCUAGCCCGUUGCUUGGCUAUUGCAGCCUCGACCCUUUCUCGACAUACGGCACCGAGAUGGACUCGGAGAUGAGAUAUAAUGUUCACUUCUACUUUCAAGUCAUACGACCAUUCGCUACGCAUCUGAUCGAUGGCUGGUGGUGGUGCGACAGUGCGCCACAAAUUCAAUGCUCGCGAGCACUGUCAUAUGCGGUAGCUGCGUAUGCGUCACUGUUUGUGUCUGGCUGUGUUGGUGGUGGUCCGGGUGUAGUGCUCCCACCACCAACUGAGCCAGGCCAGCGGGCACGCUGGCGCAACCCACCCUGGCUUCGGCUACAGACGAUAUGCGUUUCCGAGCUCAAUUCUCAACUUCAAAGCUCUGACGACGUCGAUGACUCAAGCUUCGCAGCAAUGCUGUUCUUGUUCCGAAUCUCAGUCCUCCUCGCCGACGGAGACACGGCUCGCAUACAUGCCCGAGGACUUCGGAAGCUAGGGUCGUAUCUUAGCACCAUGAACCUGAAUCUCAACGCAGAGCUUGCUGUUGCUAAGGUCAACAUCAUCUCCGCAUUCCUCCAUCAUCGAUCCACGGUUGUAGUUCGCCACCGUCCCGACCACACGAAACGUCAACUAUCCCACGUCGUGGACCUUGAUCAGAACAACUGGACGCUGUCGAAACCCUGGCACUCGAUGCGCGGCGCGCUUGCCGCUCGUGUUCUGGCUUGGCGCGAUGAAGAGCCGGCUGCGUCGUUACAGGACAGAACUGAAGCUGAAGUCGUUCGAAUGGAUCCUGACUUCCGGUCGCUCGCCAUUGGUGAUCAGCUUGAGCUUCAGCUAUGCUACCAAAUUGGACUCUUCUUGGUCCAUAUUCUGCAUUGCGUCAGCUUCAACACCGCGGCGCCUCGAAUUCGCUCAAACGCUCUCUUGCUCAAAGUCAAGAUUUCGAACAUGGAUCUUAGUACGCUCGUCAAAAUUUGCCCUCGCCUAAUCUUCAAUCUCCUUCUCCAAGGAGCGAUUGCCACUCACAGCUAUAUUGAGCGCCUUUGGUUUGUCGGAUCCCUCUCGCACCAUUUCCCACGAGUGCAAUGGAUGGACGAAGUCAAGUCGCAGAUCGCGUACUUCGUGGAUCCGAUGACCCUAGUCAAUGAACUAGUCGAGGAAGUCUGGGUCGAAGUUCAACGCCUGCGGGGUCGCGACGACACAAUGGCCCGAGCCGUGCUGCUUUGGAGAGAAGACACAUCUUGGACGAAAGGUGAGAAGGGGACAUUCAGGGGUACAGCUCCAGAUGUUCAUGCUCGAGUACGAAGAAUUGUGGAAUCUGUUGAUGGGACGGGAAUCGAUGUGAAAGCCGAAUUUGAGUGA